UGUGCAGAAGAGCCUGAUCGGCGCGCUUAAUCGACAAGAAGGAGAACACAGAAGCAUAGAAGGCAGUGUGGCUAGUAAGGAGUUUUGCAUCGCUAGUGGUGAAUCUAUACAGAGCUGUACGGGAACGAUUGAAAAAGCGUUUUUCGGUGUGAGCUGAGUUUGCUGCUUACUGCUGGCUGGGUACUACACAACAGGUUACUGCUUUUGCACGUUUCAGAUUCCAGCAACAAGGCCAAGCUGCUACUAGCCCACUAGUACCUCACCGAUAAACUGCGCCGCCCGUGGGCUCUGAAGACGAAGACGAAGUGAGUGCGUGCUGCAAAGCGUGCAGCAGGAAAAGUCCUAAGCGCGUCUUGCUCGUCCCGAGUUCCGAGCACACACGUGCCCCGCGUGAGAAGAAAAGUAGAAGACGAAGGAACGCCAGUGCUAAAGGAAAGGAAAAAAUCAGCGAACGGGAGUAUCCCGCUGUGUCCGGUAGAAGGAGAGAGAGAAAAAAAAAGUGUCUAAGCCUGCUUUACGUUGUGCGCCAGUGCGUUCUGAGCUUAAAACGGGACGGCAUUGCGUGUAGGUGCCGGACCGACCGGCCGUGUAUCCGUGGAUACGGGAUAGCAGUGCGAUAUUGCCCAAAGCAUUUACUCCACUGAAUCCAGACCAGUGUGUGGUGUCAGUGUACCACGACAACCAGUGCGCAAGCUUUGUGUCCGUUCCGCCAGCGUCUGACUGCCGCGUGCCGCAACGUAGUCGUCGAAGGCGUGUGCGCAUAGUGCGUACCGAGUGCCAUCCGAGGGUAGUGCCCACACGACACGGCCUUGCUCUUCUUCAUUCUUCCCUUGCGUUGGAUCGACGAAAAAUUGGUUUUCAUGAUAUCGGCUUGGAUAAACCCCUAUAAUGAGAAGUGCGGAACUUUAAAAGUUCCCGACUCUUACUCUCAGCGGAUAAUGGACAGCUAUCAUGUGCAGAGUCAGCAGCAGCAGCAGCAGCAGCAGCAUGGCUAUGGUAACGGAGGGAACGGAACGAGCGUGCUUUGCAACGGUACCGGUCGCAAUGGUGGAACAACGAUCUACACCAGUGCUCACGGGUAUCCAGCGGCAUCGUUCAACUACGCAACGAUGAGCUAUGCGCACUCGGAGGGAGGUUCGGUAUCUCCACCACCGUCUCCCCGUUCCAACAGCUCCAUUUCAUCGGCAUACUCGUCGUCCUCUUCUACGGCAGCCUCCCUGUCCGCUUCCUCGGCCCUCUCGUCGGCGUCAUCAUCGUCGUCGUCGGCGUCAUCGUCAUCCUCGUCGUCAUGUAUUUCGUCGGCUGGAUCGGAGAAUGGGGCUUCGUACGAGAACCUGGACAUUGCGGCGCAGCGGCUGGCGGUGCUGUCGUUCGAGCAGGUCCGGAAAUUGAACGACGUCAUGAACGAGCCGGUAUCGAUCCAUGGCCGUGGCAACUUCCCGACACUCGAGGUGAAGCUGAAGGAUCUGGUGAACAUCGUGCGUGAAAAGCUGGAAACCGACGUGUCAUCUGGCGGUGCGGGAAUGACGGUGAAGGACAUUCGCCUGAACGGUGGCGCUGCUAGUCAUGUGUUGGCAUCGGAGCCGCAGCCAUACAACGAUCUCGAUCUGAUCUUUGCCGUCGACUUCAGCACUAGCCGGAGCUACGAUCGCGUCAAAUCGGCAGUGCUUUCGUCGCUGCUCGAUCUGAUGCCCGAGGGUGUCGUGAAGCGUAAGAUCACUCAGUGUUCGCUGAAGGAGGCGUACGUCGGCAAGAUGGUAAAGGUGAACAGUGAUGGUGACCGCUGGAGUCUCAUAUCGCUCGGCAACUCGUCCGGCCACAAGAACGUCGAGCUAAAGUUUGUCGACACGAUGCGGCGUCAGUUUGAGUUUAGCGUCGAUUCGUUCCAAAUUGUGCUGGACUCGCUGCUGAUGUUCUACGACUGUGCGGAGAUGCCGAUGAUUACCGAGAACUUUUACCCGACCGUCGUCGGUGAGUCGGUGUACGGUGAUUUCCAGGAGGCGUUAUACCAUUUACAGAAAAAGUUGAUCUCGACUCGCCAACCAGAGGAGAUCCGGGGCGGCGGUCUGCUGAAGUACUGCAAUCUGCUGGUGCGGAACUACAUACCGGUGGAUACGCAGAAAAUCAAAACGUUGGAACGGUACAUGUGCUCGCGGUUCUUCAUCGAUUUUCCCGACAUCGUGCAGCAGCGGAGCAAACUAGAGUCGUACCUGAAGAACCACUUCUUCGACGAAGGCGAGGAGCAUCUACAGUACCAGUACCUGAUGCAUUUAUUCGAUGUCGUCGAACAGUCCACCGUCUGCCUGAUGGGCCACGAGCGCCGCCAGACGCUGAUGCUGAUCGAGUCUCUUGCCAUGGAAAUCCUGUACCGUGACCAGCAACAGCAGCAGCAGCAGCAACAUACGGCGAGCGGUAGCUCCACUCCAUCGGCCGGCACCGUUCAACACACGACGUUACAGCUGCAGACACAAAUGGCCCACCUGUCGUUAUCACCACAGCAGCUCUCGCCGCAGUCACCAACGAUGAUGGCUCAUCAACAUACCCAAGCUCACUCACCCACUGGCCAUCAGUCGCAACCGUCGGUCGCAUCGCAGUGUCAGCAGUCCGCAACGCAACAGCAGCAAACGCAGCAACAGCAAUCGCAACAACAGUCCACAGCCAUUGCGCAGACCCAAGCCAUCACACUGGCCCCUCAACCGGGUCUGCUGUACGCAAACGGAAUCUACUACGCCCCAAUCAUUCCCUACACGCAGUGCACCUGUAAUAGCUGGAUAGCGACGUGAUUAGUACGUCCACUAGCGGUAGGUGCUAGUAUCAUCAGCAUUUCUAGCGCCACCGAACCCACAUCCGCAGCAGCAGCAGCGACUGCAGCGACUGCAGCGACUUGUUCCAUCACUUCCCCUUCUCUGCUAGCGUGUGUUCCGGAUGUGUUCAAGUCGACUGCAUCGAGCUCAUUGGCGGUGUGCAGCUGCGACAUAGGAAGCAGUAGCAGCAGCAGCAGCAAUGCCUUUGUGCAACAAUAUCUCCGCUCCCCAAUCAGCCCUCGUCAAACGUCGUACGGGACGACCGUAGAAUUGGUGGUUCCGUCCCCGUCUGCGGGGCAUCCAUCAUCUUCCCUCACAUCUUCCUCAACCUGCAACCAAACAGCAGCAACACCAACAACAACAAUAACAGUACCAAGCGCUAGCGGUGGUGAGCCGGGACUGCCCUUUACCCAGCAACUACUACUAAAAGCAUCAUCAGCAUCAUCAUCAUCAACAUCAUCGUCCAUUCUGCAUUCACCAGCCGAUCUACAGUCAAACCUAACGAUCCUGUACACACCCAACGGUGAAAUGUAUUGUUCUCUUGAGCACAGUUCGAUUCACUGUUCAAGUGACGCUAUACAGUCCGUGGAGCCUCUCGCGUAAGUUUAGAUUCUGCUCCUGCUCACCACCUACCUACCUUUGCCGGUAGCCGACAGUAAUGCGUCUGUGGGAAGGAUCAGCCAGGUGUUAAGAGAUGCAGUGGAAGCUAUUCCCAAAGCCGGGGGAUUUUAGCUACAAAGUUGAUCGCUGCCUGGUGGUCGCUAGUUUCUACUUUUUUUUAAAUAUAUAUUCGUCCCACUCGAGGGUAUCAGUUGAGAGCUGUUUCAAUCUGGAAAACAGUAAUGAGAAGUCUGGUUUGAUCCGUAAAUAGAGGAUCAUUGCGAACAUAUUGCUGUGUAGCAAGCGACAGCUAACAGGUCGACUACAGGAAAUAGAUACCAUUUUGUUUUAUUUUUGUUAGUCCAAUCUUUUAGCGACGCGAAGGAUUGAGUGCGGUGGCGACGCCGGGCUGGGAAAAUCGGAAAUGUGUCAUUGAAAACAAUCUAAACAGAAAUAUAUGUUUUGAAAUUACUUGCCGCAGGAGGCAAGGGAGAGAAAUGCGUGGCUUCAAAUUGGGAAUUACCCAAACCCCCCAGAGAGAGAGAGAGAGAGAGAGAGAGGGCUUGUCGAAGCUUAAUAAGCAAGUAAUUAGCCGAUGGCUCGCGAUAUGCGAUAAGGAUCCGGGAUCUAACGUUCGUUUUCGAUCUCCCUUGAUGCCCCUGCUGGGAGCACAGCCAGAGUUAGAGUUUUGGUUUUUCUGUCUCUAUUAGCUUCGAUUUCUCUGUUUCCAUAAAUUCGCUUGAAAAGCAAACAAAAAAAACGAAACUUCUGUGAUUUCAACAUAAACUACGAUACAACUGGCGCACCAACAGCAGCAACUGCUGCGAACCAUUCGUUCCAUUGGAGUAAAUGUGUAUGCUCUUCAAUCAUUACCGCAAUCAAAAGGACAACCACUUAAGAAUAACAAGCAAUUCAUCCCAACGCAUACGAUUGGGAGCGUGUUCAUUGUUGGUAUUGCGGUUGGGUGUUGUUGGUGACAUGUUUUUCUUUCUCUUCCUGGUGAUAUACACUCAGUUCUGCCUUGGCCACCCUCUCUAAGAAGCGCACGCAUUGCUACAAGAGGUCCGUCACAAGACUCAUGAGCCGGGGGGGACAUGUGGACCGGAGAGCAAUGCUGGCUGGCUGGCUGGUAACUAAGUUCGAUGUGUGUUGGUUGGCCACUUUGGGAUGCACCUAAGAACGUACGCUCCGUGGCCGUACUGGAAAAAAACCCAUCCAUUCCCUUUGCAAUACCGUGCCAUGAAUUCGCCAAUGGUUAUCUGCUCUGUUGAGGGACAUCGACAGACAUCGUCUGAAAAAUGCAAGGGCUGGUAGAAAAAAACGGGGAACAGGUGACAACUAGAAGCGGUGGUUACAUUGCAUUUGCAUCAUUGCAUGUACUUAUCCACAAACGAAUCAUCCGCCCGUCAGCUGGUGUUACUUUCACAAAAACGAAUACUAUAAACACUGAAUUUACACAAAAUUUUAACGAGUUUAGGCGAUCAAAGGCAAAGCAACACACACCUACACUCUAAUAACUACAAACAAACAAGCGAAAAAAAAAAAGAUUGUACAUAAUUGUAAAGCAAACAUGUAUUGAAGACUGUUGUUAAGUAA